AUGUCUUUUGAAGUCCCCUAUGACUCGAGUCCGCCGUCCACACCGGAUAAGACCAAGACUCAGAGCUUCUUCAGUCACGUCUCGACAACCCCAGCCGGCCUACCCCCAUCAGACGCCUCCUUCACCCCCCAAGGCAAUCCGACUUCUACCAUCUUCAACACCUCUCAACUCGAGUCGCAUUCCAAGCAAAAUGAUUUCGCGACCUCCACCAACUCGCUUUUCACAAAAUCCGGCGGUUUCAAGAAGGGCGACAGCAUUUUCGGCUCGUCCUUCGGCUCCGACUUUGGCAUGCCCAAAACAAAGGCCCCAUCAUUUGGAACAAAGCAGACUCGUUUCAGCGCUGCGACGAAUGGAGGCGGAUUCGGUCGGCCCGGAGGUCUUGCCCAGACAAACAACUUCGGCAUGUCGAAUGGUUUCGCGUCAUCGCAGAUGAGCGACUUCCAAGAAGAGUAUACCAGAGACUUCGAAGACGAACUGGAACCCGAGGAAGAGCAAGUAGAGGAGGAAUACGAAGAAUAUGAGGAGGAGGAUGCGGAAGGUGAGAUGGAUGUAAGCAUUCAACAGCCAUCAAACCGCCUCAGCUUCCUCGAUUCCAACUAUGGGAACCCGCUCCCACCGCAAUCAACCGGCCUCAACUUCAACGAACCGCGCAAACCCAUCUACACAAAUCCCACCGAUGCGAAGCGCCCCAAACUUGACGAACGAUGGGCCACCCGGUCGCCCCUACGCAAAGGAAAGCUGUCCCCGAAGAAGGCCUCGGCCAUGCCCUCCAUCCUGCACAACCUGUCCUCCCGAUCCCGUAGCGCUGCGGUCGACGAACCCGCCGAUAUGAUUAUCAACACAGAGGACUCGCUGGGCCGGCUGUACGAUGAGCUACGCGAGGCCGAGUACCGACACAUCGACCUGGAUCAAACUCUGGCCUACGUCGCGAACCGAUUGAUAAACACCUGGGAUACAUGCGCCGACCGUAGCGGUAUUAAGCGUCCCUACGGCGUCGGGUCUAGCAUUGGUCCCGGUGAGAAGGCACCGACUCUGGUCAAGGCCAGCUUCCUCGCUUCUCUUCUUCUUCAGAUCCACCAUCCUUCCCGCGCGUCCAUGCCGAUCGCCUCGGCAUCCAACCCGGCCGCUCAUGCCGCCAACAGUAUGGUCAAGGCUCUUCAGCGUGCCAGCGUUGCUACACCAGUUCCUCAGAUUCUCCUUGAUUGGCUGAAUGGUAACCAUGCUUCCCAAAACAACGACCUCCAAGCCCUGCGCUAUGUCGAGCCCAACCCUUCGGCAUCCUCCAACUUCUGGGAUAUCAUCAAUGCGGCCAUUCUCCGAGGACGAUUCGCUGAAGCAGCUGAAAUCCUUCGAUCCGCGGAUUUCAAUUUUGCGCGGUCGGCUCUGGAAGAUGGUCUGCCUCAACCCGGUUACCGUGGUGUCCAACUACAGAACAUCCAACGCUGUGUGAACAAGGCUCUUCAAAUUCUCGACUCCUGCCCCGGCUUCUCAGACGACGACUGGGACAUUACCGGUUCGGACUGGACUCACUACCGCAAGCGCGUUCUGUCGGCCGUGGAGGAUCUGGAAGAGUUUGCCGAAGGCGAGGAACGAGAAGGAUGCGGCCGCGCCUCAGAAUAA